CAGAGAAAUGGCUACAUAUCUCUCUUAGACUUGGCUGCUGGGGCGGCGCUAUCCAUGGCGAAGUGGGCGUCGGCCGCGAGGGCUACGACGACGACAGACCGACUUGACGCUCUCAACAGAGCUGCCUUGCCAUGAGAUACGAGGCACUGUUGCUUAGAGAUGCUAAAUACUGCAACGACCUUCACUUGCAAGUGUCCCGUCAGGAGUGGUUAACUUUUGCAAUGGAUUGUCUUGAUAAUGGCUUCUACACCAUUGCCUCCAAGGCACUUGGACUCUGCUAAUUCCAUUGAGGAGAAGGACAAGAUCAUUGAGAUAACAGGACUCCAGAACUUGGCCAAGUCAUUAUCUACACAACAUUGUGACACGCGCAGCGAUAGAUCAUCAGCGCGCGGUUCUAGACUUCACUGGCAUGAGUUCAUUGCGACCAACCAGCCUCUUCGUGAGUAUUGCGACGCUUCCAGAGGCUGUCGAGCGAUAAACAGAGAAAAGGCUAUAUAUCUCUCUCAGACUUGGCUGCUGGGGCGGCGCUAUCCAUGGCGAAGUGGGCGUCGGCCGCGAGGGCUACGACGAUGACGAUAGACCGACUUGACGCUCUCAACAGGUUUGGGAUGUUACUAGGAGUCAAGUUUUUGUUGAGAUGAGGGAGCAUGAGCGACGUGUGUGGUCGGUGGACUUCUCAAUUAUGGACCCAACAAAAUUGGUCAGUGGGAGUGAUGAUGGAUCUGUGAAGCUGCGGGAUAUGAAUCAGGCAGCUGGGAGUAUUGGCACUAUUAAAACAAGGGCAAAUGUGUGUUUUGUGCAAUUUCAACCUGAUACUGCUCGCUCCAUUGCCAUCGGCUCUGCAGACCACAAAAUUUACUGCUAUGAUCUACGUCACAUACGAGCUCCUUAUUGUACACUAGUUGGGCACACAAAGACUGUAAGCUAUGUUAAGUAUCUGGAUGCAUCGACAAUAGUAUCUGCAUCUACUGACAACUCAUUGAAGCUUUGGGACUUAUCGAUGAGUACAGGAAGGAUAAUUGACAGUCCAGUUCAAACAUUUAAGGGGCAUACAAAUACAAAGGAACUGGGCCAUGCUGAUGUUCAAAAGAGUUGUCAGAAGUUCAUGACAUCUGGUAUUUAUUAUAUCUUCUUUUGUAGUGGGCUGGUGUGGUCUGCUUAGCAGCAGGUAGCACUACAACCAGCAAUGUAUGGAUGAAUUGAAGGUAGUAAAGAACGCAGACAAUCUUAUAGAAACUCUGCAUCUUGAAACUGGCAUGAUUGACAAAGAAGCUGGAUGAAUCCUUUGGAUUGGUGUCUUCUUAUCACCAAGCAGUAAUGUGAAGCAAGUUUAUUUGUUGACUAAGAACAGAUGAGCACAAAUCAGUGAAGAGUUCGUUGCACUAGAGAUGGAGGAUGGAUAGGUGGUAGAUUUCAAUAUGGCUUUGAUACUAUUGUUUCCCUUUACAAUCUUUGUACAGAACAAGAAAAAUGACGUUGUAUGUGGAUACUAUUGUAAUUCAAGAAUUUAUUUCUGAAUAAUAAAUAUAUUUGUUU